CUCCUCUCCCCAUUCUAGGAGAGGGAUCGGGCCUGGCUGUGCUCCAGGAUAAACUUCCACAAGGCGAGCAAUAACAUAAAGUCAAGGUGAAGAUCAGGGCAGCCCUUAAAAAGGCCUCCUUGCACCCUAAAGUGGCUGACGCCACUCCACAGCUGUUUGUCCUGCCUGCCGCCACCCGGCCACCAUGUGGGUGCUCUUGGCUCUCUUGCUGCUCACCCUCGCCUAUUUAUUUUGGCCCAAGACCACGGGCUCCGGUGCCAAGUACCCCAAGAGCCUCCCAUCCCUGCCCCUGGUGGGCAGCCUGCCGUUCCUCCCCAGACGUGGCCACCAGCACGUGAACUUCUUCAAGCUGCAGGAAAAAUAUGGCCCCAUCUAUUCCUUUCGUCUGGGUUCCAAGACUACUGUGAUGAUCGGCCACUACCAGCUGGCCAGGGAGGUGCUUCUCAAGAAGGGCAAGGAAUUCUCCGGGCGGUCCAAAGUGUUGACUCUAGACAUCCUGUCAGACAACCAAAAGGGCAUCGCCUUCGCCGACCAUGGUGCCGUCUGGCAGCUGCAUCGGAAGUUGGCACAGAACGCCUUUGCCCUGUUCAAGGAUGGCAACCUGAAGCUAGAGAAGAUCAUUAAUCGGGAAGUCAGUUUACUCUGCGACUCCCUGGCCACCCGGCAUGGAGAGUCCAUAAAUUUGUCGGAGCAUCUCUCUCUGGCGGUGACCAACAUAAUCAGCUUUAUCUGCUUCAACUUCUCCUUCAAGAAUGAGGAUCCUGCCCUGAAGGCCAUAUACAAGUUCAAUGAUGGCAUCCUGGAGGCUCAGGGCAAGGAGAUUUUGUCAGACAUAUUCCCUGGGUUUAAGAUUUUCCCCAGCAAAGCCCUGGAAAAGAUAAAGAGUUGUGUUCGAAUGCGAAACGAAUUGCUGAGUGAAAUCCUUGAAAAAAGUAAGGAGAACUUCACCAGUGACUCCAUCACUAACUUGCUGGACAUACUGAUCCAAGCCAAGAUGAACGCAGACAAUAACAAUGCUGGACCAGACCAGGAUUCAAAGCUGCUUUCAGACAGACACAUGCUCACCACCAUAGGGGACAUCUUCGGGGCCGGCGUGGAAACCACCACCUCUGUGAUAAAGUGGAUUGUGGCCUUCCUGCUACAUUAUCCUCCAUUGAAGAAGAGGAUCCAGGAUGAUGUCGACCAGAAUAUAGGUUUCAAUCGCACACCAACUAUCAGUGACCGGAACCGCCUUGUCCUGCUGGAGGCCACCAUCCGAGAGGUGCUUCGAAUCCGGCCUGUGUCCCCCACGCUCAUCCCCCACAAGGCUAUCGUUGACUCCAGCAUUGGUGACCUUACCAUUGACAAGGGCACAGAUGUUGUGGUCAAUUUGUGGGCACUGCAUCACAGUGAGAAGGAGUGGCACCGGCCCGACCUGUUCAUGCCCGAGCGCUUCUUGGACCCCACGGGGACCAAGCUCAUCUCGCCAUCGUUAAGCUACUUGCCCUUCGGAGCAGGACCCCGCUCCUGCAUAGGUGAGAUGCUAGCCCGCCAGGAGCUCUUCCUCUUCAUGACCUGGUUGCUGCAGAGGUUCGACCUGGAGAUCCCGGAUGAUGGGAAGCUACCCUCUCUGGAGGGCAACCCCGGUUUAGUCUUACAGAUCGAUCCUUUCAAAGUGAAGAUCAAGGUGCGCCAGGCCUGGAAGGAAGCCCAGGCCGAGGGUAGCACCUCGUGACUCCGCCCUGUGUGACCCCACAGCACGGAAUUAGAGGAGCUCCCCCACCUUCCCCAACCAUUCCUCCCUCCUCCCCACCCACUCUGCCUUCUUUUCCAGCCUGCAGCCCUGGCAGUGCUGUGCAUAAACAGUUGUGGUUUUUUUUCAGAAGG